CUGUCUCUCUACCUGUCCCUCGCGCACCCGAACAGUUGAAAACAUUCUCGCGCUCGGGAGAGGAUAGGAUUUGGAACGAGAAGAGGAAGGGAGACAUCACACACUCUGCUCCACCACCAUGCAGAUACUUGGGCUGUCUUUUGUGCUGUUAUGCCUCAUCUGGGGCCACUCCGGCGCUCUCGGCGGAAAAGUCAACAAGCACAAGCCGUGGAUAGAAACAUCGUACCAUGGCGUGAUCACGGAGAACAUGGACACGGUGCUGCUGGACCCCCCGCUGGUCGCUCUAGACAAGGAUGCCCCGGUCCCCUAUGCUGGGGAGAUUUGCUCCUUUAAGAUUUAUGGUCAGGAUGCUCCCUUCGAGGCUGUGGUGUUGAAUCGCACAUCAGGAGAGGGAGUCCUGCAGGCCAGCAGCCCGGUGGACUGUGAGAGCCAGAAAGAGUACACCUUCAUCAUCCAGGCCUACGACUGCGGGGCGGGGCCCAGCGGAGCCGACUGGAAGAAAUCCCACAAGGCGGUGGUUCACAUCCAGGUGGAUGACGUCAAUGAGUUCAGCCCUGUGUUUCGGGAGCCACUUUACAAGGCAUCUGUUACAGAGGGCAAAAUCUACGACAGCAUUUUGCAGGUGGAAGCUUGGGACCAAGACUGUUCACCACAGUACAGCCAGAUCUGCAUCUAUGAGAUUGUCACUGCAGGGACGCCAUUUGCUAUCGACCGCAAUGGUAACAUCAGAAACACAGAGCGGCUGAGCUAUGACAAGCAGAAGAGCUACAAGAUCAUGGUGACGGCCUUUGACUGCGGUCAGAAGAGAGCAAAGGAGGAUGUGGCUGUGCAUAUUGAUGUGAAACCUGUCUGCAAACCUGGAUGGCAAGGUUGGAACAAGCGCGUGGACUACGAGCCAGGGACUGGAAGCAGGCAGCUGUUUCCCAAGAUGCACUUGGAAACGUGCGGAGGUCUCCUGUCUGGAGUAAAAGCGAUGGUAGAGCUCCAGACCAAUCACAUCGGGAAGGGCUGCGAUCGGGAAACAUACUCUGAGAAGUCUCUGCAGAAACUGUGUGGAGCAGCGUCAAGCAGCACCGACCUACUUCCUGCCUCCUGCCCUGCCACAAACUGGACAGCGUCUCUGCUGACUGACAGCGGCCGGGACAGCGAUCUCAUCUACAGGUUCGAGGGACGUCAGGCUGCUAAUAUCCCGGACCACGUGGUGCCCCAAAACCUCACAGACCAGUUCACCAUAGCAACAUGGAUGAAGCACGGUCCCAGUCCGGGCCUCAGAGCGGAGAAGGAAACCCUGCUGUGUAACUCCGACAAGACUGAGAUGAACCGCCAUCAUUACUCUCUGUACGUCCAUAACUGCCGCCUGGUGUUCCUGCUCAGAAGAGAUUUCACCCAGGUCGACACUUUCAGACCCGCAGAGUUCCACUGGAAACUGGAGCAGAUCUGUGACAAGGAAUGGCACUAUUAUGUGAUCAACGUGGAGUUCCCUGCAGUCACACUAUUUGUGGAUGGUGUUACCUAUGAACCCUAUCUGGUGACGGAUGACUGGCCCAUCCAAACAGCAAAGAUUUAUACGCAGCUGACUGUGGGCGCCUGCUGGCAAGGGGGUGAGGUAGGUACCCCGAGGUUCACCCAGUAUUUCCGUGGCAGCCUGUCAGGUCUGACAAUCCGACCGGGCCGCAUCGAAACCCAGAAGGUUAUUUCCUGUUUGCAGGCUUGCAAAGAAGGCCUUGAUAUUAACUCACUGGAAAGCCUCGCCAAGGACAUCAAGUUCCAUUUUAACCCCGCUCAGUCCGUGCUGGUGGUGGAGGGAGAGGAUCUGGACAGCAUCAACACAGCCAUGACCAAGGUCUCCUACAUUAACUCUCGCCAGUUCCCUACAUCAGGCCUUCGACGGCUGCACAUCACCACCACAGUACAGUGUUUCGGUGAGGACACUUGUCUCUCCAUCCCAGACAUCAAGUCAGUGGUUAUGGUCCUGCCGCCUAGUGAACCGAGGAUCACCAUCUCAGGAUCUAAUCGGCUCGUCAGGCCUGGCGCUGACCUGCGGGGCCCGCUGGGUGUGGCCCCCUUCAAAGAGCUUCAAAUCACCAGCACUGUGACGAAGGGAGACAGCUUCGGCGGAUCUCGCAGACCCGGUGUGAUGGAGUUGAUGCAUAACCUGGACUACUGUGACGUUCUGGUGAUUGGGGAUGAGCUGAAUCCUGAGAGAGAGAGUCUGGAGAUUCAUCACAGCGCUUUGUUGGGAAAACACCUGGAUGCCACCAACUCCACCUCUGGAAUAUCAAUAUAUGGUGUGGACUCCAUGGCCCACUACGAGCAGGCGCUGAGGCAGCUGCGCUACAGGAACCAGCGCCCUGUCACCCUGAGUGAGAGGAGGUUCAGACUCACCUGCUCCGAGCUCAACGGACGAUACACCAGCAACGAGUUCAACCUGGAGGUCAGUGUCCUUCACCACUCAGCACCUGUGGAGCAUGUCAAUCACAUGGCCGCCCAAGCUCCGUUCAUGAGACCGGUCCAUCACCCUCUCAUGAUGCACACUCUCAACUCACACAUGUCAGGAUCAGCGCCUCCAGCAGCCACAGCUGUUAUCGUGGUGUGUAUCGCCGCCCUGGUGGUGAUCGUGGUGAUCGGCGUGUACAGGAUCCACGCCACGCAUCAGGAGGGGUCCAGAGAGGACGAGGACGAGGUCAAAGGGACUGAGGAAGACUGGGACAACUCUGCACUCACCAUCACUGUCAACCCCAUGGAGAACCUCGGUGGAGCUCAGGCACGUGAUGCAGAGGUAAAAGAAGAAGAACGUGAGGAGGAGGAGGAAGAAGAAGAGGAAGAGGAGGAACAGGUGGGAGGCAUGACGAGUGCCGAGUCAGACAGCAGUGAUGAAGAUGAAGAGGGGGGAGAGGAAGAAGAGAGAGAAAAGGUGGAAGAGAGGAAGCAGAAGGGAAAACUAGAGUGGGACAGUUCCUCCAUAACGUACUGACCACACACACAAACACAGAUCUGCACAUUAAAACACACUUUACAUGCCCAUCGCUCUCACACACACGCACACACACACACACACACACACACACACACACACACACACACACACACACACACACACACACACACACACACACACACACACACACACACACACACACACAUGUUGAUGCAGACAUUACUUCACGCUCGCUAAAGGUACACAGAAACAAAAUCUCUGAUCAAAUAAUUUACAAUCUGUUGCUGGAACAAACACUGAACCUUCCCACGUUGUCAUUGUUAAUGACUCAUCUCCCUCUGCUGAAGCACAGCUUUCUCAUGAUGUGGAGAAUUAGCUGAUAAAAUGAAUCUAAGCUCUUGAAUUUAGCGACGCAAACUCUCUCCGUUUCUAACAUCAACACAAAGAUAAUGUGGGCUUUGAUCCCAAUAUUUAAUAUGUGCAAUUUUCCUCAGAUUACUUUUAUAUUGUUUAUUUUAUAUUUUGAUCAGAUUGUCUGCAAACUGGUGAGUUAUCAGCAGAUGUAUCAGAGUGAUGUAUCCAUAUACAGUACAUGUGUUAAUGUAUCCAUAAACGUUUUAAAAUAUAAUUCCUUUGGCCUUUAUAAUAGGUAUAACAUAGAUGUACCGUCCCUCAGCGUAUAUCCUUCUCAUAACUCAAACCUCUCUUUCUCUGAGAACAUGUUACCUCUUAAAAUAAACAUUAGACUUCUGUCUUGAUUUAUAUCAGCAGAAUAUCAACUGUCUAAUAUUGUCUCCCUUUAGUUUCUCAAAAGUAUUUUAAGGUGAUAGAAAGGUUCAAAUACUCUUAGAAACAAAAGUGCUGUUUGUUUGCAUCUGUCUGUGUACCAAAUCUCUCCAUACUGCGGCCUAUUGUAGCUUUCAUUGUUAUACAGAAAUAGAAGAAAUAGUACGGAGAUGUUUCAUUUGUAGUAAAGGGAGCCCUCUAUGCAAGUAUGGGCCCAGUAUAAAGGACCAGUACACAGAAACAGGGGCACUGCAGUCAUCGACUCUUUCAAACAAAAUGGCUGUCACCCCAUUUCUAACAUUACCCAAGAUUAUGUGUGCUUUUAACGUUUAAUAUGUGCCACUUCCCUCAGAGUACUUGUAUUUAUUUGGUUUAUUUUUUAAUAACAGAUGGUUUGUAAAAUGAUGAGUUAUUAACAGAUUCAACAAGAGGUUGAGAGAUGUGAGUGACGUGUAAUAUAAAACAACUUUUACUGCCAUAACAUCUCCACUCGGUACAGAGCUGAGAUGUUAAGGUUUGUUGACUUUCUAACAACUCUUCAGUCAGACUCGGGACCAUUUCUUUAGCGAAAUGAAAAUGACAGGCCCUCACUGCAGACUCUAAAAACGAUUAUCUUCUUACUCGACCCAUACAUGUGUUAGCAAACCACAUGUUAUUAACCUUGUCCUGUUUCUCCUCACUUGGUCCUGUUAAGCAGGGGCCGCAGCAUGGAGCUAAGGUGGCACACUUUUUCGGAUUAAACAAUAGUGUUCUUAUAUGUUGUGAAACUGUCUCGCAUUGGACGCAAAUCAAGACCUGUCUAACGAUAUCUCACUAACUCUCGAAAAUAUAUUUGUAAAAACGACCUAGGGUCUUUUUGAGCUUUCAGUUUGUGAUGCAGGAUUUUUCCUAAAAGUUUCCCUUAUAUCUGAGUAGGAUCAUCUCGACUACAUAAUUAAAGUUUAUUUAUCAGAACAUGAUGUUUUUAUCGAAAGAAUACUUAUGACUUAACUUAAUGAGUUGAAUGCUGGAGAAAAUAAGUGUGUUUAUCUAUCUCACUUUUAUCAAGUCACCACUCUGCACAACUUCACCAGAACAAGCAGCAGUGGAGACUUCUUUGAUAUGAAUUCCUUCUUUUAAACAUCAAUAUUGCAUUUCAAGUACACUUGAUUUAAUCCAAUGGGUUUGUCUGCAUUUCAAUUCUCUAAAUGUAACUCCUUACACAUUCCCGUUUCUACUCUGAUUGCCAGUGAUCAUCCCUCUGAGGUCUGUGACUGACGCGUCUCCUCUCCACAUGUCCCUCCCUCUGUCCUCCUUUAAGCACCUGUGAUUGUGAUGUCAUAAUUGUGAGACAACUGCCUUGUUUCCCCUUGUCCCCCUCUGUCAUAUUGUGCUUCUGAAAGAGGAAAAGAUUCUUUUACAUAUAAAAAAUAAACCCUGUAAAAAUGUUCAAGACAGUUAUUUUAUAUAUCCGUUUCUUUUUCUUUUUGUAAACAAAAUGGUCGGGAUUUCUCUCUCUUUAGUGGUAAUCCUACUGAUUUCUGUAUAUUGACCAAUAAAGACUUGUUUUAGACUCUACUCAUAUCUCCUACUUGUUUGUGCACUAGGCAUCUGAUCUGUGUGUGUCUGUGUGAGAGCGUGUGUAAGUGCGUGUGUGUUCUCCCACAAUAAAUGAAAUAUGCAUCCUUA